AAUCAUGAAAAUACAAAAACUUCCCCGCUUUAAGGGGAAGAGUCAUCCGUUGCCAGGAUGUGUCUGUUACGGGAAAACGAGGAACGGAGAUCUGGCCGCUGCUGGCUGUCCCGAUGGCUUCCGAUCGCCGUGAUCCUGGUCAUAUUGGUAUGGUCCUAUUACCUCUUUGUCUACCAGGUCUGCAUCCGCAAAGUAGACAACUUAAUCUAUAUGGUACUCCUCCUGCUUGGCUACCACCUAUUGCUAGUCAUGUUCCUGUGGACGUGGUGGAAGUGCAUCUGCACGUCGCCCGUGGAAAUACCCAACCAGUGGCAGAUAUCAGACGAGGAUGUGAACAGACUACAGCAAAACAAUGGAGCUGAGGCAGAAGCACGAAUAUUGGCCAAUGCCGCCAAGAAUCUGCCAAUACACAUGUCCACCAAGGAGGGAUUGGUGCGAUAUUGCCGCUUCUGCUGGAUCAUAAAGCCGGACAGAGCACAUCAUUGUCGCAGUUGCCGCAUGUGCGUCAUGAAAAGGGAUCACCACUGUCCCUGGGUGAAGAACUGCGUCCACUUCCACAACUUUAAGUACUUCAUACUCUUCCUGUUAUACGCCGAGCUCUACUGCUUGUAUAUCUGUGUAGCGAUGUUCUACGAUUUUUACCUCAUCUGCCAGUUCAAAGCUGAAAGCCUGCGCCGGGAGCACACUUGGGCCCUCGCCCAGCAUGCGGCCGUCUUCAUCAUUAACUUAUUCACCCUGAUCAUGUUCACCAUUAGCGUGCUUAACAUGGCCAGGAAUCGCACCACCAUGGAAUCAGUGCAUCCUCCAUACUUUUUUGUCGGUGGCAAGAACAAGAAUGGCUUCAACCUUGGAUUUUGUGCUAAUUUUCGAGAGGUUCUCGGCGAUAAAUGGUACCUCUGGCUCAUUCCCAUUCAAACCUUACGCGGCGAUGGCCUGACAUUUCCGCUGGCCGCUGAGAGUGCAAAAUCAGCAAGAGUCCAGGAUAGGAGGGGAGAAGAAGGUCUCACAAGGGCCCGGUAUAACAUGGCCCGAUUGCUGGGCAUUCAUAUAGCAAACGAUAUAGACUAUGCAACUGAUUAAAUGAUAUAUAUUUAAUUGCAAGAACUAUAGAAUAAGCAGCAUACUAUCUUCCUCCUCUCAAAGCAAACAGCUUCUACUUGAAGUCCUCAACUCAAGGAGUGGCGACUCCAUCAACAUCUAAAUUUACGAGUCAUUGGCCAGUGCAGCGGCAUCCGUAUCAGCAUCGACUCCCGACUCCAUUGCAGUCCGUCCCGCUGAGUGGCCGGCAUCCUCCAUAAAUCCUCCGCAUUCCAGCUUCCUUGGCUUGCCUCUCCUAUCCACUCGAUUUCUAUCCCACACAACCGAGUCGUUUAUAAAACGCUUAACAUUCGUGACAUAUUUCGCAUUUGGUCGCCGCUCGCGUCGCUCGCAGAAAUUUAUAGACUUUAUCCAUUAGGAAAACAAUUACGAGUGCAA